UCCGGUCACAAGGGAACCGCAGACGGUUACACUAAUCGUGGCUUCACGCAUCCGGAUCUGAAACCCAAAACACCAGGACUCAGGCACUUCAUUCUUUGAUUCAGAUUGUGAUUCAGUUUCGGUGUGGACGCAAUGGAGGUCCGCUUCACGCGAGGCAAAUCCGCGAUCCUCGAGCGCUCGCUCACGCGUCCCAAAACGGAGGUGAGCGUGAGUGCGUUUGCGCUGCUCUUCUCGGAGAUGGUGCAGUACUGCCAGAGCCGGGUGUACUCGGUGUCGGAGCUCCAGGCCCGGCUAGCGGACAUGGGUCAAGGGGUUGGAGCCAGCCUUCUGGAUGUUCUUGUGAUGAGGGAGAAAAACGGAAAAAGAGAGACCAAAGUUUUGAACAUACUUCUCUUUAUGAAGGUAAAUGUAUGGAAAGCAUUAUUUGGUAAGGAAGCUGACAAACUGGAGCAAGCCAACGAUGAUGACAAAACAUACUACAUCAUUGAAAAGGAGCCUUUGAUCAAUGCCUACAUUUCAGUACCUAAAGAAAAUAGCACCUUAAACUGUGCAGCCUUCACUGGUGGCAUCGUGGAGGCUAUCCUAACCCACAGUGGCUUCCCAGCCAAAGUCACUGUCCACUGGCAUAAGGGAACCACACUGAUGAUCAAGUUUGAUGAGGCAGUCAUUGCUCGUGAUAAAACUCUUGAUGGCAGAUAGCAGAUUGCUUAGUACAUCAAGCUUCAAGUUUAGCCUUGAGUCUGGAGUCUCAGCAUUGUUUUUUUCCCACUCAUUUUUAUAGCUUUGCUAACAAAUUCACUGCAUCUAGCACAGAUCCAGAAUAACUUCAAGACUGUCUCUAGCUGUCCUUCUUUUUUUUAAAUGAUGUUACAGAAUAUUGCUGAGGACAAGCCACAUCAACACAGUCACCUCACUUGUCCAGUUCAGUGUAAAAUGAUGUCUUUACUGAUACACCAAUGCAUUGAGGGGUUAUUUUCAGAGAACUUUAAGAUAAUAUAAUUUUUGGGUGUUCAUUUUACAAAUGUACCAUAACAAGACAUUAAUAAAUGGUAAAUUAAACCAGUAUUGAAUUUAGGCUUGGAUCUCAGUGGAAUUGAGUAUCACUGCACUGAUAUUGAAAAAAAUGUUAACACCAUUUAACUGUUAGUUGCUCAAAAUUGUGCAGGAACUCUACAUAUGUCAAAAUGAAAAUUAGUGCUAGCAGAGAUACAUAUGCUCAUAAGCAGUAGCAGAGAAGUUUUAUUUACAGUGUGAAUUAUUAUAUUUGGACUUCUUGAUUUUUGUAUUAUAGAGGAUUGCUGUUAUGUAUAUGUUUCAUUUGUUCAUGUUGUUUCUUUUUUUUAUCACACAAUAUAAUAAAGUAUUUGUAAAUGGCAAGGAGA